GGACACCCCCCAAUCCACGACUGAUUGAAGGAGGCAGAAGGGUGGCUCGGCUCAACCCCGGGUGAGUGGUGCGACGUUAAUCAGUCCCCGGGCCCAAAGAUCUGUCAGUGUGGCAGCCACGCGCAAAGACGCCCAGGAAGAUGCCACAAUGAGCACAUUCCUAGAUUUCUCGGCCAUAAGUGGUGGUGGAGAUGCAGGUGGCGGGGGCUCGUGCUCAGUCAGAGCGUUUCCUGGCGACCACGGACUUUCAACAUUUCAGUCAUCGUGUGCUGUAAGGGUAAAUAGCUGCGGUGGGGACGAGAGGUACAUGUCCAGUAGAUCAUCACAAGACGCAAUUAACCCUCAGCCACACCAAGCCGGCUCGUACCAGUCCCCCGGGACUCUGUCAAUUACCUACAGCGCCCAUCCAAGUUACGGGACUCAAAGUUUUUACGCCGGAUACAGUCACUGUGCCCUAAAUCAGGAUGUGGACUCGUCUGUGAGCUUUCCCCAGUGCGGCCCGCUAGUUUACUCUGGAAAUAUUUCCUCGGUUGUGCAGCACCGUCACCAUCGCCAUGGUUACAGUAGUGGAAACGUUCAUCUCCAUGGCCAGUUCCAGUACGCCUCAGCCACAUAUGGUAAUAGCUCGGACCAGGCAAACCUAACGUUUGUGGCGGGCUGCUCAAAUCCGCUAUCCCCUCUGCAUGUGGCUCAUCACGACGCAUGUUGUUCACCUCUAUCAGAUGGCGUGUCAACAGGGCAGACAUUUGACUGGAUGAAGGUUAAACGGAACCCCCCGAAAACAGGGAAAGCUGGAGAGUAUGGAUUUGGUGGGCAGCCAAACACUGUACGCACCAAUUUUACUACAAAACAGCUGACAGAGCUUGAAAAGGAGUUUCAUUUCAAUAAGUACUUGACUCGUGCAAGGCGGGUGGAGAUCGCGGCUGCGCUCCAAUUAAACGAGACUCAGGUGAAGAUUUGGUUCCAAAAUCGUCGUAUGAAGCAAAAGAAGCGAGAAAAGGAAGGUCUUUUGCCGAAAUCUCAGUCCGAGACUAAGGAUGGUCACGAAAAACAGGAGGAUGCAUCUGAAAAGUCGCUCUCCGCACCACCCACUCCCUCUCCCUCUUCCCCGACUGUUGAUGCCUACACGUCGAAUUAAAAGGCUCUCACGUUUGUUCUGCCAACCGGUUAAUGAUAUUGCAGUACUGUUAGUGACUUUCGUGUCAAGGUUAUUGUCAAAAUCAUCAUGUGACAUCAGUGUCAUACAGAGACCAGUGCACAACUUACAGAUUCUGACCAUUCAGUAUUUACCUGUGCUACUUUGUGUUAUUGUGAAAUGACUGUUAAUUGUCUUAGGGCAUCUUGUCAAGCACCUAGAAAUAACACGUUUCUUGUGCGUUUUCAUGCACAGUAAUAACAAAUGCUGCACUUUUACACGUCUUUGGUCGGACUUGCACCACUUGUCAAAAUACCUAGCCUACCUCAAGAACCAAAGGAAGUAGUGCAAUAUAUUUAAGAGAUGUAUUAUUAAGAGAGAUGAAUCAUAUACGUUUCGCCAAAGGCUUGUUUCAACACACUGACAACUUUUCUGGACCGUGCAUAGUGUUAACCCUGAUGUUGUGUAUGUGUUGUGAGUUCUGCAACAUGAUGCGCAUCUCUUCAAAGUUGUCAUCCGGUCGUACUGAGUUUUAUCAGUCAAAGAUAAAGACUCAAGUCUCCUUUAGAAACAUGCUUUAGAAAACGAUCAAGAUA